GAAUAUAGAUUUCACGAGCGAUCUCCAUAUACCCCUGAUCGAGGAUCGAGAAAGUUUUCAAAUUGAACCAUAUUACACACCUACGGAGCGCAUAUCUCCGCCUUGGCAUAAAUUAUAUGAAAUAUUAGUGGUUCAUAGCAUGUAACAAAUAAUGUAGCUAUUCAUUGAUAAAAGAGCAUAUAUGGUAACAUUUGAAGGGGGGAUUCGCGACAAAGUGAAUCUUGACUUUCCAAAAUAUACUUUGAACAGCUCGAGUCCGAUAGACAACUAGCAGCAUCGCUCGUACAGCGCGCGAUGUGCACCAAGGGUGGAGCCACACGUAAAGACACAAAUAGCGACAUCCACAAGAAAAUUCAAGAACUCAAAUCACUCAUGGACUUUAUUCUAUCACAGAUUCUUAACAAUUCUUUCAUUUUAUCAUUCUUCUCACUUUCUAUAUAAAUAUCUCGAUAAUUUCAAGCGAAAACAAAUGGAAAUUUUCUCUCGAUUCUAUAUAUCUGUUCGUAUUUACCUUUCUUUAGUAAGGCUGUGUCUCGCUUUUGCGCAUAGCUGAAUCUUCUUGUUUCGAACAUCUUGUAAGAUGGCGCUCCAUAUCUAAACGUCAUGAGAACUGUCAAUUCUUGCAUCUACAAAUCCAAACUGCAAAUGUCAAAUCAACGAAAGUAAACAGUAACAUUUUUUUCUACUUUCGUUUUCUGCAAACGGUAAGUAUCGUAUUAAAAUUAUGUUACUUAGUAUGCUGUCGAUCGCGUGAAUACAUGUAAAUGUUCCUGAAAAAUUGGAACUUGGAUUUUCUUACAAAUUUACAUUUAUUCGAAGAUUGCCAUCAAUAUCAGCAACAUUGAUUGUAAUUAAUUUAUUCCUUUAAAUUGAUAAAGAUAAAGUUCAUGUUUUAGGAUGUAGAAGUAAUCUCCUUAAUGUGAUUUUUAUGUACUUAAUACUACAUAUAUUGAAGAAAAAUGUCAGACGAAGAAGAUACUACAAUACUGUUAAACACUGCAAAUAAAACUACCGAAACAUCUAUAAGUAAAGUCCCAAAUGAUUAUCAAUGUUUACCACCAAAAAAUUUAAGGAAACCACUUCCCAAACCAAACGACAACUUAACACCAUUGACAUCAGGAAAUAAAAAUAUUUUUGUUUCCAUGGUAGCAAUUUUUGCAGGUAUUGCUUUUGGAAGUGAUAUGGGUAUAGCAAAACCUAUAGCACCUUUGAUCAAACAUGAAUUCAAUUUGAAUUGCUUUGAAAAGGAUUUUGUUAUUAGUAUUUGGUUCGUUGGAGCUCUUGUUGGUGGUUUAACGGGUGGUUUCUUAAUCGAUUCAUUUGGUCGACGUUGGGCAAUGAUAUCGACGCUCGUUUUUCUAACUUUUGGCGCCACAUUAUCAGCUUUGGCAAAUCAUUAUAUCUUGUUACUUGUCGCUCGGAUAAUUUGCGGAUAUUCUGGAUCUGUUUCAGCAAUAGCUCACUGCAUAUAUAUGGCAGAAGUAUCCGAGCCAAAUAAACGCGGAUAUAAUAUAAUGUUAUAUCACUUGGGCACAGCUACUGGAUUCUUGGUUUCAGUCAUUGCUGCUGCUAUAAAAAAUAUAGACUAUCAGUGGCGAUUUUCCAUUGGUAUAACAGCUGUUCCUGCUUUAGCUGCAUGUAUAAUAACCAUUAUAUUUCUUCAACGAUCUCCCCCAUUCUUACUUUAUAAAAGAAUGGCAAACGUUUCGAAAACAUCGUACAAAAAAGCUUGGUAUACGAUUUUUGAGACUUUAACGAUCAUGGCUUUCUUACUGAUAUUGCAACAAGGUACCGGAAAACGACAAGUUUUGCAUUAUGCACCAAGAUUGUUUGCAUUAUUAGGCAUUUGCUCUAAUGUUGCAGAAGUCACAGCUUUAAUAUCCCUUGGCAUCGUAAAGGUAUUUAGUACGAUGUUAUCUCUGGUUAUAGUAGAAAGAUGUGGACGUCGAACAGCUCUAAUUACAUCGGCAACUAUUUGUAUGACAACAAUAUCAUUAUUAUCUUUACUUGCUACGAUAGACAGGGGCGACGACAAUUUAGAUGUUGUAAAUAACCAUUGCAAGAAUCAUCAUAACGAAGAAGUUAAAAUUCAUUCGAUUUUACCUACUGGAUCACCACCACCGUUUCCUUUAUUGCCGACUCCAUUAGCUAUAGUCCCACCCAGCCCGGAAACCUGGACGCAAAUUAAAGCAUCUUGCGAAACACAGAAUAUUGCUGUUUCUGAAGGUCUAACAGGUGGUUUACGUAUUUUAGCAGUAAUAACAUUACUUGUAUAUGAAGCAGCAUAUGCCUUAGGGCUUGGACCAGUACCACUUUUAAAUCUUACAGAAGUUUUCCCUGCAGCUAUACGGGGGAAAUGUAUUAGUUUCGUUUCUAUUGUAAUAUGGAUAACACAUAUUAUUGCCACGGAAUCCGUCAGUGCUAUGACCAGAUCAUUGACAUUAGCCGGAUCCUAUUUGUUUUAUAGUUUCAUGUGCCUCGUUACAAUAUUUUACGUUUUUUUAUUCAUUCCCGAAACAAAAGGUAAGUCUCUACAUCAGGUUGCACAAGAAUUACGGAAAAUUUCUCUCGGAACACGUAUAUAUAAUAAUUUACGUAGUUUACCGCUCAUUUGUCAUAUUCAAUGGAUUAGAAAAUAUGAUGAAAACGCGAGUAACGGGCAAAGCACCCUAAUUUGAAAAUAAAAUUCCGACUAUCAAAGUAUUGGAUUAUCUUAAAAGUUUCCCGUAGUUUAUCAGGUUCAAGAUCAUUUGUAGGUCACAGAGAGUCAAUAAACUUGUUUUAUAAUUGCUGUUUUACAAUUGUUCGUUUCAAAGUCUUUUCAAAGUCAUUUCAACGAGAUUUCAGUAACAUUAUGGUCAUUCAAAGUGAACAGUUUAGAAACUACAGCAAGUUUCAGGAUAAUCCAAUAAUCACAUGUAAUCCCUAUGUGUCUACGAAAGUAUUUCAAAUACUAUUAACUUCAUCUCGUUUUGCAAAGUCGUAACUCUUCUAUAAAGUAUUGUGUUCAACAAAUAUUGCAUAAAAGUAACACACACGUAUUUCAAUAAAAUUUUCUUAACUACAGAUUAUUACAGAACAUAUCACACAAACGUAAUAAAGAAUAUCGAAAUAUGUAAAACAUUUUCGAUGCGAAAGACUGACUAGUUUUUGAAUUUCAACUGUUCAUCUUUCCUCAAUUUAUUAAGCAAAAGAUUACCUAAGUAAUAAUUUUUUUCAUUAUUUAUAUAUGUUUUAUGUAUUUUAUUAUAAUUUUUAAUGUUAUUCAAUGACACUUUUUAUAAUACUCACUUCUAUGAAAAGUUUAAUUGAGAAGGUGUGAUUAGUAAUCAAGUAUUAGACUAGAUAUGUUGAGAAUUAGAUAUUUUAUAGUGUAACAACAGAUCAAAUUAUGUUUAGAAAUGCGUACCUUAGAAAUUUCAAUAAGGAAAUGUAUAUGUUAUAUAAUAUAUACCACCUCAUAUUAAGAAUAGUCACCUUUUUUAUUAUACGUAUCGCUACGCAUAUAGAAUUCUUCAAAUAUCAAUUUUAUGAUGUUCAUUUGGGUGUUCAUUGCGAUUUCUCUACGUAUAACAGUAACGUGUAAUGUUCUUCGGUGCCAUUUAAAAUAAAUAUCACUAUGUAAAAAAUCUUUUAUUAUACAUAACAUUGCUGUAUAUAAAAAUAAUUUUCAUAUGUAUAAUUAUUGCAGAUUUACAAUAUUGUAAAAUGUAAUAUUGUACUUAGCAAUGAUACAGUUGGUUUACGUACUUAAUAAAAUGUAUAGAAAAUAUA